UUGUCGGAUUUGUCAUGUCAGUGACCGUGUUUUGAACUUUGUUGGCUCCAGUGCUUCGAAAGGUUCUGCUGUUCUUUAUUCGAAAGACUGAUACGAUAUAUACGUUGUGUAGAUACAUAUAUCUCUCUGCAUCAGAGAAAUUAUUGCGUGGAGUCUCGUUUUUACCGUGAACUGCGUAGAAUGGUUAGUUUCGAUAUGGACGAGUUCAAUGAGAUCCUGGAGAAGUGUCGAGAUCAAUCGCUACAAAAGGAACAAGAUGCGAUUCUACUGGAACCGUUCGCCUACAUUCAACAGAUACCCGGCAAACAGUUUCGCACGAAGAUGGCCCUUGCCUUCAAUCAUUGGUUGAAUAUUCCGUUGGAGAAGCUAAACGCGAUCGGGGAAAUCGUUCAGAUGAUGCAUAAUUCCAGUUUAUUAAUCGAUGAUAUCGAGGAUAACUCCAUUCUUCGCAGAGGAAUUCCAGUGGCACACAAAAUCUAUGGCAUCGCGAGUACAAUCAAUGCCGGAAAUUACGUGCUGAUCUUGGCACUUGCAAAAGUUCAUGAAUUGGGGCACCCUACUGCACAGCAAGUGGUCACAGAGCAGCUCUUGGAGCUGCACAGGGGUCAAGGCAUGGAGAUAUACUGGCGGGACAAUUUCAUCUGUCCAACCGAGGCGGAGUACAAACAGAUGGUGAUCCGCAAAACCGGUGGACUGUUCAUGUUGGCCAUCCGGUUGAUGCAGUUAUUUAGCGAUAAUAAGAAAGAUUUUACCAAACUGACCGCCAUCUUGGGUCUGUCGUUCCAAAUACGGGACGAUUACUGCAAUUUGCUCUCGAAAGACUACUCCGACAACAAGAGUUACUGCGAGGAUCUGACGGAAGGGAAGUUUAGUUUUCCGGUGAUACACGCGGUAUUGAAUCAGAAAGAUCGACAAGUACUACAUAUUUUAAGACAGAGAACGCAGGAUGUAGAAGUGAAGCAGUACUGUGUUUCGUUACUAGAAAAAUUGGGUAGCUUUAAGUAUACUGCAGAUAUGCUGGAAACUCUGGACAAUGAAGCGAGGGCAGAGAUCGAUCGCCUCGGCCCGAACCCGAUCAUGCUGUCGCUACUGGAUGACCUGCUGAGCUGGAAAACGGAUGUUGCGAGUAGUCCAAAGUAAAGAGGCACCUGCCCUACCCUUAUUAAGUUAUUAGAAUACCGAAACGCUUGGUACUAUCAAUUGUUGCAAAGGACGAAGACUGAGGAAGGCCUUCGAAAUUCCACCCCAAAGGUAUGCAUCGAGUUUUUGCAGUUGUUUGAAUGUGUGUAUUGAUAGGCAAACUGGCAUUUACGACGGAGCGCGGAAUUCUAUGUGCACGGCUAUUGGUUUUCCUUCAGAAGGAAUCUUUCCCGCACUGCAUUCCAAAAGCUCUCAAUUCACCAAAGUGAAAACAAGACAUAGUACUAUUCUAUAAGACAUUUGUGAAAAGACGUAACAACUCGAUAAUGUGAAACUAUAGAGAGGAUAACUAUUUUCGAUUACACCUAAGAAGUAUGAAUCAAUUUUGAAGCGCUUUAGUUUUUUCGUGGCUUUGUCUGAAAGCGACAAUUGCUCCUUUUAGUUUUGUACACGAUGUCUAGUUUAAUAUGAACACAUUCGUUGAAUUUCA